CAAAACUAUUUUCUUAUAGUCUCUUCCUGCUCUCUCUCUUUCUCUCUGUAAACAUGGGUUCAGAAGGAGGAGGAGGAAGAGAGUUGAUUGUGAAAGUGAGCAAGAGGGAGGUUGUGGCUGCAGUUCUGCCAUUGCAAGAGCAUUGGCUACCACUAUCCAACCUAGACUUGCUUCUACCCCCAGUUGAUGUGGGUGUGUUUUUCUGUUACAAGAAGAACACCAGCUCAUUGGGAAAGGACCUCUCUAAUAAUUUUGGCUCCAUGGUUGGGGUUCUUAAGAAGGCCUUGGCCCAAGCUCUCGUGACAUACUAUGCUUUUGCUGGUGAGGUGGUGUCAAACCCUGUUGGUGAACCUGAGAUUCUUUGCAAUAACCGUGGUGUGGACUUUGUCGAAGCUUUUGCUGAGGCAGAGCUUAAAGACCUCGACUUUUAUAACCCUGAUGACACCAUUGAAGGCAAACUUGUGCCCAAGAAGAAGCAUGGUGUGCUCGCUGUCCAGGCAACCGAGCUCAAGUGUGGUGGGUUGGUUGUGGCGUGCACGUUUGACCAUAGAAUUGCAGACGCCUACUCGGCCAACCUAUUUCUUGUGUCAUGGGCUGAGAUGGCUCAGUCUAAACCCAUCUCUACGGUGCCAUGUUUUCGUCGUUCUUUACUCAAUCCUAGACGCCCUGGUUCAAUUCAUCCAUCUUUGAACGACAUGUAUGUUCCAGUGACCUCAUUGCCUCCACCCAAAGACCCACAACCUGGUGAUGAUUAUCUUAUUAGCCGCAUAUACUACAUUAAGGCUGACCAACUCAACCUGCUCCAAUCACUAGCUACCACAACCAAUGGUUGCAGGAGGACUAAACUAGAGUCCUUUAGUGCCUUCUUGUGGAAGAUGGUUGCUAAACAUGCUAUUCUUAACAAUGUGGACAAAAAGGUAACCAAAAUGGGCAUUGUUGUGGAUGGUAGGACAAGGUUAAGUGAUGGAGAUAUAGACAAAGCUUCACUCAUGGGUUCUUACUUUGGAAAUGUGCUAUCCAUACCUUAUGGAGGCAAGGAUGUAAAUGAGAUUAAUGAAAAUCCAUUGAGUUAUGUGGCAAAUGAAGUUCAUGAAUUCUUGGAUGGUGCAGUGAGCAAGGAACAUUUCUUGGGGCUCAUAGAUUGGGUGGAGUCUCAUCGUCCAGUGCCAGGGUUGGCUAAGAUAUAUUGCAGUAGGAGUGAAGAUGGGCCAGCUUUUGUGGUAUCAUCAGGGCAAAGGUUCCCAGAGUCAAAGGUGGAUUUCGGAUGGGGCAAGCCAUUAUUUGGGUCAUACCAUUUUCCAUGGGGAGGUGACUCAGGGUAUGUGAUGCCAAUGCCGAGUCCAAGUUGCAACUGUGACUGGGUUGUGUACAUGCACCUCUUGAAAGGCCAAGUGGAGUUGAUAGAGACUGAAGCUGCUCAUCUCUUUAGACCAUUAACUUUUGAUUAUCUCCAACGUUCCAACAAAGAAUAAUUUGCCUUAUAUAAUCAAAAUUAAAUUAUGUUUUCUUGUGCUACAAAAUUCAGCUAUAUAUAUAUAUAUAUAUAUAUAGGAUUAGGUGUGCUAUUUAAUUUCUUUGUCGUGCUUUGUUCAAUUUGGACGGCUUCAAAUGGUGGGGUUGGAAGCUUGGAAGUCAUAUGCGUACUUAUGUAUGUAACUAAGUGCGCUCAAUGCCUAGUGGGAGUGGACAAUCGUUCGCAACCUUUAUCUUUAAUUUGUUGUAUAUAUAUUAUGAUGGCAAUCUUUAUCUACUGUUUGUAAUUACCUUCAUUUUUUUUUU